CUAAAAAUAAUUGUACAAAUAACUGAAAAUAUUACAUUCGAUAAUUGGCUAACAAUCGAUAUUAAACCUUUUAAAAAAGAUCUAAUGAGUUUAAUCACUAGUUGGUCGGAUUUGUUCAAAACAUAUUUAGUAGACAAGGUAGUGAACAGUCUACGUUCCUUGCAAGAUUUUACCGAAGAAACCAAUAUAGGUUUAUUAAAGACAUUGGAAGAAGGAGACUACGAAGGCCUUGUGAGUGUCAUGCGGCAUUUGUUAAACGUUCGUCAACGGCAACCUGAAUACGAUAAUUUAUUCGAUCCUUUAUUAGAAAUAUUACAUUUACUAAAAGUGUACGAUGUUGAUAUACCGGAUGAUGUGCACACUUUAAUGAAAGAAUUGCCGGAAAAGUGGAACACCACCAAGAAAAACGCAUUGAACGUGAAAUCAGAAGUUAUACCACUUAUUCAAGCAGAAGGAUCAGUAAUAAGCGGAAGAAUAAUUUUACUAGGUGUACAUGAAAUGUUGUACAGUACUAGUUUUACCAAACAGCUCCAGUUCAAUGGAAGCUGUAAUCAUCCUUACCAAGAAAUUGAUAGAGCAAAUAAUGAUUUAAUGGAAAUAGAUGAAUUACAUGAUAAACUACUCACUCAAGCUUUAUUAUUCGAAAUACCACAACCAGAGCCAAAUAUAUUAGAUCCAACAAAGAAAUCUCUGUUUUUAAAUAAAGUCCUGUGGGACUUUGUGUUGACGGUUAAAAGUUGGAUGUCUUUGUGGUUAUCGACAUUAUGGAAAAACGUAGACUUCGAGCUUAUGGACUUGGAGCUAAAACGGUUUUCAAAAGAAUUAAGAGUUAUGGAUAAAGAAGUUCGUGAUUGGUCAGUGUAUACAUAUGUUGAAAGCUUGAUUAAAAACAUGAUGACUUCUAUACGAACAUUAGCUGAACUCCGAAAUCCGGCGACGAAAGAGCGCCAUUUUGUGGAACUUAUGGGAAUCACAAACGUUAAAUUUUCUAUUGACAAUUCAACAAUACUGAACGAUUUGGUGAUACUACAUUUGGAAAAAUUCGAAGAAGAUGUAAAAAAUAUUGUCGACAAGUCUGUAAAAGAAACUAAUAUUGAAAAAAUCUUGAAAGAAUUUUCUGAGACUUGGAAUACAAUGGAAUUCGAAUAUGUGAAUCAUCCCAGAACGAAUUUUAGUUUACUUAAAGUCAGAGAAGAGUUAAUAGAAGUCUUAGAGGACAAUCAGGUUCAAUUACAAAAUAUGUUGAGCUCCAAGUUUAUUGGCCAUUUUUAUGCCGAAGUAAUGGAUUGGCAAACGAAAUUAAACAACGCCGACCGAGUUAUAAAUAUAUGGCUAGAAGUACAAAGGAUCUGGGCUUAUUUGGAAGCUAUAUUUAUUGGGUCUGAUGAUAUUCGAAUACAAUUACCGGAGGACACUAGAAGAUUCGAAAUGCUCGACAAGGAAUUUAAGGCAUUAUUGAUCUAUAUAAAAUCGAAUCCAAACGUCAUAAAAAGCACUAAUAGACCUGACUUGUAUACAACGUUAGUCAAAAUACAAGAUGAACUUUCAAAAUGUGAAAAAGUUUUGGCACAGUACUUGGAAACAAAACGACUGACGUAUCCGAGAUUUUAUUUCAUCUCACCGGUUGAUCUAUUAGAUAUUCUAUCAAACGGCAACAAUCCAGAAGCCGUUUGCAAGCAUUUGAUCAAGCUUUACGACUCGAUGGCUCAGUUGAAGUUCGCGAAGGAUAAAGUAGCAGUCGGUAUGCACGCCAAGGACGGUGAAUAUGUGGCAUUUUAUGGGAAUUGCGAAUGUUCCGGACAAGUCGAAAAAUGGUUGAACAGAUUGACAGAAGCGAUGCGCAGUUCAGGCCGCAAGUAUUUCGACAAAGCGGUAAGGUCGUACGAAGAGAAGCCGAGAAAGCUGUGGAUAUUCGAUUACCCGGCCCAGGCAGCUCUAUGCGGCAAUCAAAUAUGGUGGACGACCGAGACCAACGAAGCGUUCGUGCUCCUGGAAACGGGUCAAGAAAACGCGAUGAAAGAGUACAACAAGAAACAGAUUUUCCAGUUGAACGAACUGAUCGAACUGCUGUUGGGCGACUUGACCAAGGGAGAGCGUCAGAAAGUGAACACGAUCUGUACGAUCGACGUGCAUUGUCGGGACGUGGUGGCUAAAUUGAUUCAACAGAAAAUCGAGACCGCAGCUUCGUUCCAGUGGCAAUCGCAAUUGAGACACAGAUGGGAUAUGAGAGAGGUCGAUUGUUUCGCCAACAUUUGCGACGCACAGUUUCGGUAUUCUUACGAGUACCUGGGAAACACUCCCAGGCUGGUCGUGACUCCGCUGACCGACAGAUGUUACAUAACUUUGACACAGUCAUUACAUUUGGUAAUGGGCGGUGCACCUGCCGGACCGGCUGGUACCGGAAAAACGGAGACUACGAAGGAUUUGGGAAAAGCUAUAGGGAUGAUGGUUUACGUGUUCAAUUGUUCCGAACAAAUGAAUUACAGGUCGUGCGGUAACAUAUAUAAAGGUCUAGCCCAAACCGGCGCUUGGGGAUGUUUUGACGAGUUCAACAGGAUAUCAGUUGAAGUGUUGUCCGUAGUAGCAACUCAAGUGAAAGCUGUGUUGGACUCCAUCAAAGCAAAAAAGAAUACGUGUUUUCUUUUGGGCGAAAACGUUAAUCUGAUACCAACUGUUGGCAUGUUCAUUACGAUGAAUCCCGGGUACGCGGGACGAGCUGAACUUCCUGAGAAUCUCAAAGCCUUGUUUAGGCCAUGUGCCAUGGUGGUACCAGAUUUCGAAUUAAUUUGUGAAAUUAACUUGAUCGCUGAAGGAUUCCAAAACGCAAGGUUACUUGCUAGAAAGUUCUUAACAUUAUACUCGCUUUGCAAAGAAUUGUUGUCAAAACAAGAUCAUUACGAUUGGGGUCUUCGGGCUAUUAAAUCACUAUUGGUGGUUGCCGGAUCGUUAAAGAGAGAAGACAGAAAUCGUCCGGAAGAUCAAGUUCUAAUGCGAGCCCUUAGAGAUUUUAACACUCCGAAAAUAGUCACUGAAGACAUCACAAUAUUCAUGGGACUUAUCGGUGAUUUGUUUCCGGCACUCGACGUUCCUCGAAAACGUGAUUUAGAAUUUGAAAACCAAAUUCGUAAGGCUGCGAUCGACUUAAAGCUCCAACCAGAGAACAACUUUAUCCUUAAAGUAGUGCAGCUGGUGGAGUUGUUAGACGUCCGACAUUCGGUGUUCAUAAUCGGCUUGGCCGGUACGGGCAAGUCAGAGGUGUGGAAAACGUUGUAUCGGACGUACACGAACCUGAAAUAUAAACCUUAUUACAACGACAUCGAGCCAAAAGCGGUCACCAACGACGAGCUGUUCGGCAUCAUCAGCCCAGUCACCAAGGAAUGGGUGGACGGAUUGUUUUCGUGUCUGAUACGAGAUCAAGCUCAAAUGCCCGGCAACGGUUCCAAAUGGAUGGUGAUGGACGGCGAUAUAGAUCCCAUGUGGAUCGAGUCGCUGAACACGGUGAUGGACGAUAACAAGGUGCUGACGUUGGCGAGCAACGAACGUAUCGCGUUGACGCCGUCCAUGCGACUGCUGUUCGAGAUAUCCAACUUGCGGUCGGCCACGCCCGCGACCGUUUCGCGUGCCGGCAUCCUGUACAUCAACCCCACGGACCUCGGCUGGAACCCGUACGUGUCCAGUUGGAUCGACACGCGGGACAGCGACACGGAGAAGGCCGUGCUGGUGGUGCUGUUCGAUAAGUACGUGCCCGUGUGCAUUGAGGCGCUCAAGUCCAAGUUCAAAAUCAUCACGCCCAUACCAGAGAUCACGCACGUGCAGAUGCUGUGCACGUUGCUCGAGUGCCUGCUAACGCCGGCCAACUGUCCGCCGGACACCACCAGAGAGGUGUACGAAAUGUAUUUCGUGUUCGCCUGCAUUUGGGCCUUCGGUUCGGCGACGUUCCAAGAUCAGUUGAUCGAUUGGCGAGUUGAAUUUUCCAAAUGGUGGUUGACCGAGUUCAAAACUGUGAAAAUACCCUCGUCCGGUGGUGUGUUCAACUAUUUCAUCGACUCGGAAUCGAAUAAGUUCCAACCGUGGUCAGAACUGGUAUUGCCGUUUGAGCUUAAUACGGAUAUACCUCUACAGCAAACCCUCGUGAAUACAGCAGAAACAACUCGUCUCAGAUAUUUCCUAGACUUGUUGGUAGGUAAAAAAUCGGCAAUAAUGUUUGUUGGAGGCGCUGGUACUGGAAAAUCUGUCAUAGUAAACGAAAAACUCAAAUCUCUUUCUAAAGAUUUAUAUGCAGUUACAAGCGUAUCACUUAAUUUCUACACAACAUCAGAAAUGUUGCAAAGGAUUUUAGAAAAACCACUAGAAAAGAAAGCAGGAAGAAUCUACAGCCCACCUGGUAACAAAACACUCAUAUACUUUAUCGACGAUAUAAAUAUGCCCGAGGUUGAUACAUAUGGUACCGUCCAGCCUCACACUCUUAUUAGACAAUAUAUGGAUUACCAACAUUGGUACGACCGUGCAAAGCUGUCCCUAAAAGAUAUACACAACGUGAUGUUUGCUUCGAGUAUGAAUCCGACUGCUGGAAGUUUCACAAUAGACUCUCGGUUGCAGAGACACUUUUACGUGUUCGCUUUGGGAUUCCCAUCUCAAGACGCACUGUUCACCAUUUACUCUUCGAUUUUCACCCAACACUUGAAAAAUCCGGCAAAUAAAUUCAACAGCAACGUAAUGAAUUUGGGAGAUUCAAUUGUGCAAUUGGCAAUUAAUUUCCAUCAAAAGAUUUUGACGGUAUUUUUGCCGACCGCUAUUAAAUUUCAUUACUCGUUCAACCUUAGAGAUAUGAGCAACGUGUUCCAGGGAAUGAUGUUUGCCAAUGGCGAAUGUGUGACAUCUACUAGUGCUUUUGUUCGCCUUUGGCUCCAUGAAACCAGUCGGAUUUAUAGUGAUAAAUUAAUUGAAACCAAAGAUCAAGAGACUUUCUCGAAAUACAUUUACGAGCAGAUAAAGAAAUCUUUUGGCGAUGUUCCGGAAAACGAAUACAUGGAAACACCGUUGAUAUUAUCGCAUUUCGCGGACGGCAUUGGCGAUCAAAAGUAUAUGUUUGUCAAAACAUGGGCAUCGUUGAAAAAACUGCUGAACGACGCGAUGGAUUCAUAUGAGGAGUUGAUGGGCGCGAUGAGUUUAGUGCUAUUCAAGGACGCUAUGGCGCACGUUUGCCGAAUCAACCGGAUACUUGAACUUCCCAGAGGCAAUGCAUUGCUCGUCGGAGUUGGUGGUAGCGGGAAACAGUCGUUAGCGCGUCUCGCUGCGUUCAUAUCCGCCAUAGAAACGUUCCAGUUGCAGCUGAAGUCUUCGUAUAGUAUUGCCGACCUGAAAGUCGACCUGGCCGGGCUAUACCUGAAAGCCGGGCUGAAGAACGCGGGUAUCAUGUUCCUAAUGACUGACUCGCAAGUUGCCGACGAGAAGUUUCUCGUACUCAUCAACGACAUGCUCGCCAGCGGCCAGAUACCGGAUCUGUUCGCCGAUGACGAGGUCGAUAACAUCAUACAAGCCAUCGGGCCAGAGGUGAAAGGGGCCGGUUUAUCGGAGACUAGAGAAAACUGUUGGAUGUUCUUCAUCAACAAAGUCAGAUCGUUAAUCAAGGUCGUAUUGUGCUUCUCGCCUGUCGGCAGCACCUUGAGGAUCCGAGCCAGACGUUUUCCGGCUUUGAUCACUUGCACCUCUAUUAAUUGGUUUUACGAAUGGCCCAAGGAAGCAUUGGAAUCCGUGUCGUACCAGUUUCUAAAAGAUCUAAAGGAACUCCCAAAUAAACUUAAGAAACCAGUAUCCUUGUUUAUGUCCCAUGUGCACAGUUCAGUCAAUAAGAUGUCCAUCCGGUAUUUGGAAAAUGACCGUCGUUAUAAUUACACCACACCAAAAUCGUUUUUGGAACAAAUUUUUCUCUAUGUAAAACUACUAGUGUCAAAGACCAAUGAAACAAAGCACGGUAUAUUACGAUUUCAAAACGGUAUUAAGCAAUUGAUAUCUUGCGCAGCUCAAGUUGAUGGAUUAAAAGCUGAAUUAGACAUUCAAGAAAUCGAAUUGAGCAAAAAAAAUGCUAAAGCUGAAGAAUUGAUCAAAAUCGUGAAAAAAGAAUCGGAAAAAGUAACGUUUGAAAAAGAAAAAGCUGCCAUAGACGAAAAUAAAGUAAAGUUGAUUGAAGUAGAUGUUAGUUUAAAACAAAAAAUGUGUGCAGAAGAUCUGGAAAAAGCGGAACCAGCUUUGUUAGCAGCACAAGCUGCUUUAGAUAUAUUAGACAAAAACAAUUUAACAGAACUUAAAUCAUUUGGAUCACCUCCAGCGGCUGUAGCAAAUGUUGCAGCUGCUGUUUUGGUUUUGCAAGCUAAAAAAGGAAAAGUUCCAAAAGAUAGAAGUUGGAAAGCUUGCAAGGUAAUGAUGGCAAAAGUUGAUGGAUUUUUAGAUUCACUUAAAAACUAUGAUAAAGAACACAUACACCCUGAUAUAGUCAAAGCGAUUCAACCUUAUUUGAAAGAUCCUGAAUUUAAUCCAGAAUUCAUCCAAGCAAAGUCUUCAGCCGCUGGAAGUUUGUGCGCAUGGGUUAUAAACAUAAUGAAGUUUAAUAAUGUUUGGCAAGUUGUGGAACCGAAAAGGAAAGCCAGAGAUCAUGCGAAUGAAGAACUGAGUGCUGCCAGAUCAAAGCUUAUGGAGCUCAGAAAUAUGAUAAAUGAAUUAGAAAGAAAACAAAAAAUUUUAACCAAUGAGUUUAACAGCGCAAUGGCUGAAAAAGAAAGAUGUCAAAUGCAAGCAGACGAAACCGCUAUGAGGAUAGAUUUGGCGAACAGGCUAGUUAAUGGCUUAGCGUCAGAAAAUGUGCGGUGGAGAGAAAGCGUUUCUACGAUGCAAAAGAGUUUACAAACUUUGCCAGGAGAUAUUCUCAUAGUCUCAGCUUUUGUGUCCUAUGUUGGUUACUUUACAAAAGUAUACAGACAAGAACUAAUUCAAGAUAUAUGGCUACCAUUUUUCAAUGAAUUGAAGCCUGAAAUACCCAAAACAGAUGAUCUAGAUCCACUCACCUUACUAACUGAUGAUACACAAAUCGCAACCUGGAAUAACGAAGGUCUACCAAAUGAUCGAAUGUCAUCGGAAAAUGCAUCUAUUUUAAGUAAUUCUGCUCGAUGGCCAUUAAUGGUAGAUCCUCAGCUCCAAGGAAUUAAAUGGAUUAAAACUAAAUAUGGAAAACAUUUAAAAGUAACCAGACUAAAUACAAAAAAAUAUCUAAAUGAUAUUGAAAUGUGUGUAAGGGACGGACACGUACUUUUAAUUGAGAAUAUCGAUGACAGUAUUGAUCCCGUUUUGGACAACAUUAUUGGUCGUAAUUUGAUAAAAAAAAGGAAGUAAUGUAUUAUUUUUAGGGCUGUGAAAAUUGGUGAAAAAGAGAUUGAUUACAAUCCGAAUUUCUCUCUUAUAAUUCACACUAAAUUAUCAAACCCACAUUACAAGCCAGAAACGCAAGCACAGACAACUUUAAUAAAUUUCACUGUAAAUCGUGAACAACUCGAAGAUCAAUUGUUGGCUGAAGUAGUAAAAGUCGAAAGACCUGAUUUGGAAAAAAUGAGAAUAGAUUUAACCAAACAACAAAAUAGUUUUAAAAUAACAUUAAAAGAACUCGAAGAUGGUUUGUUACAAAGACUGGCUUCUGCUGAUGGUGAUCAAAUACUCGGUGAUAAGGAACUUGUCUUGAACCUUGAAAAAUCCAAAAAAACCGCCACAGAAAUUGAAGCAAAAGUUAUUGAAGCAAAAAUUACAUCGAAAAAAAUUGACUCUGCUCGAGAAGAAUAUCGCAUUGCUGCAACGCGAGCAUCAAUUAUAUACUUUAUAAUGAAUGAUUUGGUAAAAAUAAAUCCAAUGUAUCAGUUCUCUCUUGAGGCUUUUAGUAUUGUAUUUCAACGAGCUAUGAGGAAUUCAGAAAAAGCAGAUACUUUAAAACAACGGAUACUUAAUUUAUUAGAAAAUAUAACAUACCAAUCAUUUGUUUAUACGAGUAGAGGUUUAUUUGAAAAAGAUAAACUAAUAUUUAUCACUCAAAUGGUUAUUCAGAUAAAAUUACAAGCAAAUCAGAUUAAAAUAAAAGAGUUAGAUUAUUUAUUGAGAAGACCAGUGAUGGCUGAAUCAAGAAGUCCAGUGGAUUUUAUCUUACCGAGCGUUUGGGGAGCUGUUAAGUCACUAAUUACAGUUGAUGAUGAAUUUAUAGGUCUUGAUAAGGAUAUCGAAUCUUUACCAAAGCAAUGGCAGAUGUAUAUUGAUAGUGAAACACCGGAAAAUGAGAAAUUGCCACAAAUGUGGAAAAAUAAAAGUCCAUUCCAAAGACUUUGUAUAAUAAGAGCUCUGAGAACGGAUCGAAUGACGUAUGCUGCUAAAGAAUACGUUAAAGAAUGUUUUGGAGCCCGGUACACCAAUUUUAGACCUCCAGAGUUUGCUGAAUCAUUAAAAGAAACUUCGUCGAGAACUGCUGUAUUUUUUAUACUAUCAGCAGGUGUUGAUCCGACACGAGAUGUUGAGGCCGUUGGUAAGAAAAAAGGAUAUACAAUCGAAAAAAAGAACUUCCACAAUAUUUCCCUAGGACAGGGACAAGAACCAAUAGCAGAAGAAGCGAUUGACUAUAGUUGUCAAAUGGGUCAUUGGGUUAUGCUACAAAACGUACAUCUAGUUCAGAAAUGGUUGCCAUCGUUGGAUAAAAAAAUGGAAGCAUCUUUCCAACGUCCACACGAAAAUUAUAGAAUUUUCAUUAGUGCUGAACCUGCCUCUGAUCCGCUCUAUCAUAUUAUACCACAAGGCAUUUUGGAUUCAUCUAUAAAAAUUACAAACGAAGCACCAACAGGAAUGAUGGCGAAUUUACAUAAAGCAUUAGAUAAUUUCAAUCAAGACACACUUGAAAUGUGCUCAAGAGAAGCAGAAUUUAAAGCGAUAUUAUUCAGUUUGUGCUAUUUUCACGCUUCUAUACAAGAAAGAUCAAAAUUCGGUGCUCAAGGGUGGAACAGAUCGUAUCCAUUUAAUGUGGGUGAUUUAACAAUAUGUGUAAACGUUUUAUACAACUACCUGGAGGCAAACAAUAAAGUUCCUUGGGAAGAUCUCAGGUAUCUUUUCGGAGAGAUCAUGUAUGGUGGACAUAUUACUGAUGAUUGGGACAGGCGGUUGUGUAGAACAUACCUCGAAGUCUUUAUGAAUCCACUUCUGAUGGAAGGGGACCUUAUAUUCGCACCAGGUUUUACUGCGCCACCCAAUUUAGACUAUAAGUCGUAUCAUAAAUAUAUAGAUGAUUUAUUACCGCCUGAAAGUCCUAUACUAUAUGGGCUUCACCCAAAUGCUGAAAUCGGAACGCUUACCACAAGAUCCGAAAACUUGUUCUUUACCUUGAUGGAAAUGCAGCCUAGGGACGCAGGUGCAUCUGGUGGAACAGGAGUGUCCAAAGAUGAAAUAGUAAAUUAAUUCACGUUUAUGAAUACAACACAUUUAUUAAACUUUGAUGUUAUGAAUUUCUUACGUGAUACGUGUUCAUAGGUCAGAUCGGUUCUAGACGAAAUCCUAGAUAAAGUUCCACAGCCGUUUAGCAUAACAGAAAUGUUGGGUAGAGUUGAUGUACAAACACCAUACAUUAUCGUGUCGUUCCAGGAAUGCGAACGUAUGAACACGUUGAUGGACGAGAUCAGACGAUCUUUAAAAGAGCUGUUCUUGGGACUAAAGGGUGAAUUGACGAUUACGGCCGACAUGGAGGCAUUGGAAGAAUGUCUGUUCAUGGACAGAGUUCCGCCGCGAUGGGAGAAGCUGGCAUACCCAUCACUGUUGCCGUUAGCGGCUUGGUACUCAGAUUUAUUGAAACGAUUACGUGAGCUAGAAUCUUGGGUUAGCGAGUUCCAGUUACCGGCGUCUGUGUGGUUGGGCGGAUUUUUCAACCCUCAAUCGUUUUUAACCGCUAUAAUGCAAAACACCGCUCGUAAAAUGGAAUGGCCCCUGGACAAAAUGUGCCUGCAAUUCGACGUCACGAAAAAAUUCAAAGAUCAAAUUACAAUUCCGCCCAAAGAAGGUGCUAUGAUUAACGAUUUGAUAUUGGAGGGUGCUCGUUGGGACGUGAACGUGGGCUGUAUUGUAGAUUCUAAAUUGAAGGAAUUGUUCCCGAUAAUGCCGGUCAUACACGUGAAAGCUAUUAUCAAGGAUAAACAGGAUCUGCGAAACACGUACGAUUGUCCUGUGUACAAGAUCAAACAGAGAGGUCCGACGUUCGUGUGGACAUUUAAUUUGAAAACGCGGGAAAAUCCAUCGAAAUGGAUCCUAGCUGGUGUAGCAAUAUUAUUGAGUGUGUAA